GCGCCCGUCGCGGCGCUGCACGGCCAGGUGUGGGAUUGCCCUGUCGUGGAAAAGUAUGCGCUGCAGCCGCAGCCCGCUAAGAAGGUGGACUUCAUCUUUCGUGCUGAGGCUCCUGCACUCAUGCCCGCCCAGCUUGUGAAGGCGACUGGUAUUGUGUGCACUUGCGGCGCCGCGGCAUUCACCAGCCCUGGAGCGGUCGUUGCAGGGUUCAGCGUCAUGUUCCUGUCGUCGUUCUUCUUGUGCCUGUUCGCCGUGUCUCUGCGGCGCCUGGGGCUGCGGCGCCUGGCGGCGAUGUACAUGCAGCUCCAGCUGCAGGGCGCGAGCCUACUCGCGUGCUUUUUGACGCUGGGCACAUAG